ACUGUCCUGCGUUCCUCACCCAAACUGCCUUCUCUAACUGCACACUCGUCCGCCGGCUUCCUCCAGGCUUUUUUUUUUUCUCUCUCCCUAUUUAUAAAAACGUCACUUCAAGUCCCUCCCUUUUUGAAUCUCAUUAGUUUCUUGUGUGUUUCUCCCUGUCAAUAAUCCUGAAUCCAGACUCUCUCUAUUUCCAUCCCUCUCUAUCUGUCAAUCAGCGCCGCCUUUGAACUGAAAACCACUCCGACCAACUUCAACUCACUCAAUCCGAGCGGCUCAGCUCCAUCUCCGGCUUCUUUUUCUGCCAAGAUUCCCCUUCUUUUUAGUUUGUACUAACCGCCAGUGCUUGGAAAACGCCAAUACAGACUCUAAACUUUAACUCGGAUUCUAGAUCACCAAGAUCAAGGGUUUAAAACUUUGUGUUUUUGCCCCCCAAAAUUGCUCGGGAAAAUGCCGCAGCUCAACGGCGGUGGAGGGGACGAUUUGGGUGCGAACGAUGAAAUGAUUUCCUUCAAAGACGAAGGGGAGCAAGAGGAAAAAAUUUCGGAGAAUUUAUCAGCAGAAAGGGAUUUAGCAGAUGUCAAAUCUUCUCUUGUAAAUGAAUCAGAAACAAAUCAAAACAGCUCGUCGGAUUCGGAGGCGGAAAGACGGCCUCCGCCUAGAUCUGAAACUUUCAGGGACAAAACAAGAGAAAGUUUAGAGGAGGCUGCGAAAAGGCAAGAUGGAGGGCUGUUCAAGAGCCCACCGUACCCGGGCUAUCCAUUUAUAAUGAUCCCCGAUCUUACAAGCCCGUACCUUCCGAAUGGAUCACUUUCUCCAACAGCACGCACAUACCUACAGAUGAAAUGGCCCAUGCUAGACGUUAACCACGGAAGUCUUCAAAGUAGACAAGCACUUAAAGAUGCCCGGUCCCCGUCACCGGCGCACAUCGUUGGGCCCUUCUGCUUGGAAUUCCCCGGACAGUCAGAUCUGAGCCUUCACCAAUUUCAGUUGUCUAAUAAGGUCCCAGUGGUACAGCACCCUCACCACGUGCACCCGCUCACGCCUCUGAUCACCUACAGCAAUGAACACUUCACACCGGGCAACCCCCCUCCGCACCUACAGGGAGAUGUGGACCCCAAAACAGGAAUUCCAAGGCCUCCACAACACCCAGACAUAUCUCCCUAUUACCCUCUCUCACCUGGUGCUGUAGGCCAGAUCCCCCAUCCACUAGGGUGGUUAGUACCACAGCAAGGUCAACCUGUUUACCAGGGUUUUAGACACCCCUACCCGACUGCGCUCACUGUCAACGCAUCCAUGCAAAGUUUUCUGUCCUCCAGGUUCCCUCACCACAUGGUCCCCCCUCAUCACAGUUUGCACCAGACCGGKAUCCCCCACCCCGCCAUCGUCACGCCCAACGUCAAGCAAGAGUCCUCCCACAGCGACAUCGGCCUCAACAGCUCUACUAUACUGUACACACUCCACAGGAAACACCAGGACUCGAAAAAGGAGGACGAGAAGAAGAAGCAGCCCCACAUCAAGAAGCCGCUGAACGCCUUUAUGCUCUACAUGAAGGAGAUGAGGGCCAAGGUGGUGGCCGAGUGCACGUUGAAAGAGAGCGCCGCCAUUAACCAGAUACUGGGACGAAGGUGGCACGCCCUAACACGAGAGGAGCAGGCGAAAUACUACGAGCUGGCCAGGAAAGAGCGACAGCUUCACAUGCAGCUCUACCCCGGCUGGUCUGCACGAGAUAACUAUGCGGCUAACCAACAGGGCAAGAAGAAGAAGAGGAAACGGGAUAAGCAGCCAGGAGAGGGCAAUGAACACAGAGAAUAUUUUCCAAACCCUUGCCUUUCACUCCCUCCGAUUACAGAUGCAAAUGCCCCAAAGAAGUGUCGUGCCUUGUUCGGGCUUGACCAGCUGAGUUUAUGGUGCAAACCAUGCAGGAGGAAAAAAAAGUGCAUUCGCUACAUCCAAGGUGAAGGUAGCUGUGCCAGUCCUCCCUCUUCGGACGGCAGCUUACUAGACUCCCCCCCAUCCUCCCCCUCCUCGGUGGCCCCCUCCCCCUCCCCCUCCUCGAAAGAGUCCAGACCUCAGACUGAACAAAUGCAACCUCUCUCACUGACUAUGAAACCGGCCCACCAGCCUCUCCACUACCCGCACCGGCACCUCCUGGCUGGGCAUCCUCCUCCGCCAUCUUUGGUUCUGCUGGAAAACUCUGCUGCUGCAGCGGGCAAAACGCCUGGCGCAGCCCACAACGGAGCGCACGGCGACGUCUCGUCCUCGCGGCAGCCGGGCUCCUCGGGCGCCGCCCUGGCCAGGCCCUUGGCAGCAUCGCUGUGUCAUUCCCACUCGCUACACCCCAACUCCACGGCCCCUCAGCCUCUGUCGCUCGUUACCAAGUCUAUAGAGUAGAUCCCUCCUUAUUCGCUCCUUCCUUCCUUCCCCUUUUUCUAGCUCAGCACCCUUCAUUCUUUUCUCUUUGUUUCGUUCAAUCUUUUUCUUCUGUUUCUGUGCCAUAAGGCUUUGAAAAUGUGUUACUGUUUUAUCAAAGUUCAUUGGUCAAUAUUUGACCCAUCAUUAUCGGAAAAAUAUAAAUAUUAUAAUGAAAUAAUAAUCCAAUGAGCUGUAGAGUAUGGCUUUGUGAAUCUGCCAAAAUUCUUCUGAACUUCUGUUCUUCUCUUUAUUUUGUAGUGUUAAAAUGAAAAUUGUUAUUUAGUUCCACUUAAACGUGUUUCAAUGACAGAUAUAAAAAAUUGUAGAUUAGAUGACUAUUCAAUGACCCCUUUUCUUGAAAGUGUUGGUUCUCCUUCAUUAUUUGUAUUAAAUACGAGCUWGCGAACCAAUCAUUGGAGGGUAUGAGGAUCGUGGAGACACCUCUCUUACUGAGGAACAACUUUAAUUGUGAUGUUACUUGUUCUUCUUUAAAUGUACAGAACUAUUUGGUGGGUGGGUUGGGGGGGACGGGGUUCAUGUGUUAAUGUGCAUCGUUCCAUUGC